AGUUGGUUCGCCGAGCGCUAGUGAGACGAGUGACAUAGAGACGUUUGGCAGUGCGGAUGGCGUAGCGAACGAGCGUGGUCACGUCGAGCUUGAUUUACUCCGACUUUUUUUUUCUAAAGCGCAGCUGUCACCUUUGUUAUACAUAUAUACUUUUUACUCUCUUGUUGGCUGUGAAAGCGCGGUGCUUCGCGAGAGUGACGCGCCUACCACGAUCACGCUUCGUAAUAUUAUAUUUCGACAACGAAGAAGAAGAAGAAGAAAAAAAAAGAAGAAAAAAGAGGAGAAGGAAGAGGAGGAGCAAGUAGAAGAAGAAGUAUAAAAAAGAAAAUUAAUAAGAGAAAAAAAGUUGAGGACACGAAAAUGAUGACAAGGAAGACACAACACUGACGUUUUGUUUUCGAUCGUUGCGUCGCGUGUGUGCCACCAGUUGCGUGUUGCGUAACCGCGAUUUUACGAGUUUCUAUCUUUCUCUCUUUCUCUAGAUAUCUACUCUCUCUUUCUCUCUAAAUCAUCCAGCUCUUUCUUUCUCUCUCUCUCCCUCCUUCUUUCUUUUUCUCUCUUACUCCAUCUAUCCUCGUAGCUGGUUCGCAACACGCCUGCAGGUUCAACAGGCAGGAAUCUUUCAAACUUCAACAUUGCUGGACUCUUCUUCUUCUCUUUGGAUCACACUAACUGUUUUGGAAAUAUCAAGUUUUGUACGGAUGAUGCAAGAAAGGACGAAGGAGUCGAAGAUAUUUUAGAAAUGGCGGAAGGCACGUGCCCGUUUUAUUGAAGAGGAUUACGAUAAGCUGCAAGAAUGGUGUUGGUUGUAAACGGGGUCCUUCAGGAAGAUGUCCCGACGGACAGCAGGUCCUUGUAUGUGUCACACCCCGUAUAUCGUGAGACCGCCGCGCAACUUCACUCAAUGCCGGCUAAAUUAGUGGGCCCGGUCGGCCUUUUAUACGUCCAACAACGAGAAAUGGCCGCCACUUUGCCACACGAUAAGAACGUGAGCAUCCUCGGCUCGGACGACAUGACUACGUGCAUAAUCGUCGUCGUGAGGCAUUCCGGAUCGGGUGCAGCAGCCUUGGCACACCUGGACGGUGCAGGUACAGAAGAUGCCGCAGCCGCGAUGGUUCAAAGGGUGACAGAAUUAGCUAUUGGCUUUCCGGAAGGUCGUUUAGAACUUCAGCUAGUCGGCGGUUAUUCCGAUCCAAGAAAUUACUCCGAGGAAUUGUUUUAUAAUAUUCUCUCUGCCUUUCACAAACAACCCGUCGAAAUCGACCUAACGUUGUGCUGUGUCGGUGAAUUGAACACAACCGUAAGAGCUGGCAUCCAUUGGCCUGUGAUCUAUGGUAUCGGAUUGAACGUGAAGACCGGCGAGAUCUUCCCUGCGACCUUCCCUGACAAGGGCCCCGAUCAGCCGCUCAGGUGUGCCAGACAGUUAACCGGAGGUCAACAGGUACUCGAUGUGUACGACUGCACACUUGGAUUACUUAGAAUCGGUCCCUUUAAUUACGAUCCCUUAAGAGGCGUCGACCUCUGGCUAGCUCAAUCCGAUCAAUUCAUCCUUCAACACUUGUCGACGUCACCAGAAGUCGAACUUCCUCAUUUCGUGUCACAGGUACGAGCAACGCUUAAAUAUAUCCAGGACAAUCAAUUUCCGGCGGUUACCGUCUUUCGAGAUAAUAGGCCUCAUUAUUAUCGUCGAGACGAAGCAACCGGAGUCUGGCAACCGAUACGAUACUAAUUAUUGCACUUCGAAUUACAUAAUAUGUAUAUGUAUGUGCGCGCCAACUUUUUCGUCCUUUCUUGAAGGAGCAUGAAAUCAAUUAAUUAAUGUUCGCGAGGAUUCAUCAUCUUUUUUUUUUCUUUUCUUUUCUUUUUUUUUCUUUUUUUCUUUUUUUUUCAACCUCAAUGAGAAGAAAAAUAAUAAGAAGAAGAAGGAAAAAAGUCAAUUUUCAAUCGAUAAUUACGAAGUAUAAGAAAAAAUAUGGCGGACUAAGAGGGAAAAAGAAAAGAGAAAAUAAUUAAACAACGUGAUGUCCUUCUCGCGUUGAGAUUCGCAAUAAAUAAUAAUUAAUCCUAAGUGCGAGAGGAGAGAGACACGUCGUCGUCGUCGUCAUCUUCGUCUUCGUGAAGAUUUAUAUCGCGUGAAUCACGAACGUGAAUUACGCUUUCGUGGACCACGAUUCGUGUUAUCGUGAAGAUUGCCUGUGACGUCAAUGAUUCAAACAUCAGAGGAAAAUCAAACCGGUUUGAUUUUCACUCGUGUGACAAAUAAUGACCAAGCGUAAAACAGGAUGUCUAGGCAGAUAAUAAUGAAUGAUUUAUACUUAACGUCAGUUGCUUUUUCUAUGUCGUGUCGUUAAUUAAAAUAUAUUAAAAAUUUUUGACGGACGACUUCCACGCACGCUUUCCAUUAACAAUAAACAAGCGUGAAAAAAAAGGCUGAAAUGAAUGAGAAAGCGUAAUUAUUCGACGUUCUUGGUUCACGCCACGUGGGAACGGGACAUUAAGUUUUGAUUACAUACAAUGAUUUUUAUCAUUGGCGGAUUUAGCCUUCGAAGAACCCCUACAAAUUUUUAGGGAUGUGUUCAUCCCCCGACCUCCCUCGCAUUAUGAAAUAAAUCAAUUAUUAUGCGCACAAUAUACACUACAUACAUACAUACAACAUACAUACCUUUACGUACAUAUACUUUCUUGCAUCGACCGUUCAUACUAAUGAUUAAUUGAGAAAUAAACACUGUGCAAUUAAAUUCGAUUAUAAUCUCGUUAAUAUAGAAAUUACAAAUUAUAUAUAUUGAUCCGCCAUCAAGAGAUAUUAAAUUAAAUUUGAUAUAUAAUAUGGAA